UUCUCCAUAGCUCAGCGUACUAUUGCAGCACGAGGGACAGAGCCACUCAGCCUUGCAGCUUCUGAUUCUGAAGAGUGCUGCCCAGAUCAAAUCACGUUUUCAGCACCACGGACAGAGAUUCAGCAACCUGAGUGACAAGCAUGGAGCUCACUGAUCUUGCCGUUCAACCUUGGACUUCAGACAUCUAGAGGGGAAAGGAUCCCAUGCUUUUUGUGCUAAAUGCUUUGAAACCACCACUCUAAAACCAUGCAUCGACGGCACACCACCCUGCGGGAGAAAGGAAGAAGGCAGGCCACGCGAGGCCCAGCCUACAUGUUCAAUGAGAAGGGCAACAGCUUGACACCAGAGGAAGAACACUUCUUGGAUUCCGCAGAAUAUGGCAACAUCCCAGUGGUACGGAAAAUGCUGGAGGAAUCCAAAACAUUGAACUUUAAUUGCGUCGAUUACAUGGGACAAAAUGCCCUGCAGCUGGCGGUGGGUAAUGAACAUCUAGAAGUUACUGAACUCCUUCUGAAGAAGGAACAUCUGGCUCGUGUUGGGGAUGCCCUCUUGUUAGCAAUCAGCAAAGGAUAUGUGCGUAUUGUGGAAGCAAUAUUGAACCAUCCGGCCUUCGCACAAGGACAGCGUCUUACACUCAGCCCACUUGAGCAAGAGCUACGAGACGAUGAUUUUUAUGCUUAUGACGAAGACGGAACACGCUUUUCCCAUGACAUCACUCCUAUCAUACUUGCUGCUCAUUGCCAGGAAUAUGAAAUUGUCCAUAUCUUGCUACUGAAAGGAGCACGGAUAGAAAGGCCCCAUGACUACUUCUGUAAGUGCAAUGAAUGCAUUGAGAAGCAAAUGAAGGAUUCAUUUAGUCAUUCUCGGUCCAGAAUGAAUGCCUAUAAAGGAUUAGCAAGUGCUGCUUAUUUGGCUCUUUCUAGUGAAGACCCUGUCCUUACUGCUUUAGAGCUAAGCAACGAACUGGCGAGACUAGCCAAUAUUGAGACGGAGUUUAAGAAUGAUUAUAGGAAGUUAUCUAUGCAAUGUAAGGACUUUGUGGUGGGUGUGCUGGAUCUCUGCAGGGACACGGAAGAAGUGGAGGCUAUUUUGAAUGGAGAUGUGAAUGUCCAAGCGUGGCCUGAGAACCACCGACCCAGUCUGAGCAGAAUCAAGCUGGCCAUUAAAUAUGAGGUCAAAAAGUUUGUUGCCCAUCCCAACUGUCAGCAGCAGUUGCUCACCAUGUGGUAUGAAAAUCUCUCAGGCUUACGCCAGCAGUCGAUUGCUGUGAAAUUCUUGGCUGUCUUCGGAGUCUCUAUAGGCCUUCCAUUCCUCGCCAUAGCAUAUUGGAUUGCUCCCUGCAGCAAGCUGGGUCAGACACUCCGAAGCCCCUUCAUGAAGUUUGUGGCACAUGCCGUUUCUUUUACAAUUUUCCUUGGACUGUUAGUAGUUAAUGCCUCGGACCGAUUUGAAGGAGUAAAGCUUCUUCCCAAUGAAACUGCCAUGGAUCAUCCCAAACAAAUAUUUAGAGUAAAAACAACACAAUUCUCAUGGACAGAAAUGCUAAUAAUGAAAUGGGUUUUAGGCAUGAUAUGGUCUGAAUGCAAAGAAAUCUGGGAAGAAGGCCCCCGGGAAUAUGUCAUGCAUCUUUGGAACCUCUUGGAUUUUGGAAUGCUCUCCAUCUUUGUAGCUUCGUUCACUGCCAGAUUCAUGGCUUUCCUCAAAGCAUCAGAAGCACAACAAUAUGUGGAUCUGCAUGUUCAAGAUGAUGACCUCAAUAAUGUCACCCUUCCUCCUCAGGUUGCCUACUUUACAUAUGCCAGGAGCAAGUGGCUUCCCUCAGAUCCUCAGAUCAUAUCAGAAGGACUAUAUGCAAUAGCUGUGGUACUCAGCUUCUCCCGCAUUGCAUACAUUCUUCCAGCCAAUGAAAGUUUUGGUCCCCUCCAGAUCUCUUUGGGAAGGACCGUGAAGGACAUCUUCAAAUUCAUGGUCAUUUUCAUCAUGGUGUUUCUCGCCUUCAUGAUUGGAAUGUUCAACCUUUACUCUUACUACCUUGGUGCAAAAUAUAACCCAGCAUUUACAACGGUAGAAGAAAGUUUUAAAACCUUGUUUUGGUCCAUAUUUGGCUUGUCUGAGGUGAUAUCAGUGGUGCUGAAAUAUGAUCACAAGUUUAUUGAGAACAUUGGAUAUGUGCUCUAUGGAGUCUAUAAUGUCACCAUGGUAGUGGUGCUCCUCAAUAUGUUAAUAGCCAUGAUCAACAAUUCCUAUCAGGAAAUUGAGGAGGAUGCAGAUGUGGAGUGGAAGUUUGCACGUGCAAAGCUCUGGCUUUCGUAUUUUGACGAGGGAAGAACUCUACCUGCUCCUUUCAAUCUAGUGCCAAGCCCUAAGUCGUUUUAUUAUCUCAUAAUGAGAAUUAAAAUGUGCCUCAUAAAACUUUGCAAAUCCAAGGCCAAAAACUGUGAAAAUGAUCUUGAGAUGGGCAUGCUGAACUCCAAGCCGCGGAAAGUUCGUUUUGAGUCAAGUACUCAGAAUUCAGACUUUACUGUGAAGAAUGCCUACAACAAGCCCACAAGAUACCAGGUGGCAACACUACUUCCCAAUGGAUUCUACCACCAUGGCCAUCUCCAGCAUAUAAAAAUAAUGAAGAGACUUAUUAAACGAUAUGUUCUGAAGGCUCAGGUGGAUCGAGAGAAUGAUGAAGUCAAUGAAGGAGAACUUAAGGAGAUUAAACAGGACAUUUCAAGUCUCCGCUAUGAACUUCUAGAAGAAAAGUCGCAAGCAACAGGUGAAUUGGCAAAACUAAUACAGCAGCUAAGCGACAAGUUUGGGAAGAACUUAAAUAAGGAUAUUUGAUGGUGGACAAAGAGGAAACACUGCUUUAUUAUUCCAACCAGCAUUUUAAAGGAGCAAAAACUGCGGAAGAGAGGGACAUGGAAAACGGUUCCCCCCCCCCGGUUAUUGUUGAUUUCAUGGGCACUGUACAUUUGUUCAGUUUAUUGGGUGAAGCCAAUGAUCAAUUAAUUCCUUUAUGAUAUAAAGGUGACAUUUUCAUAUCAAAUCAAGCCUUUUGACAUCAGAAAGAGAUGCAUAAUCCUGAGAAGCUGAGCUUGGUUGAUCUAGAUACCCAAAGCAACUUUUGAAAACUGGGGCGGGAGGGGGGAAGGUGGAGAGCCAGAUUCUCCACUAUAAUAAAUCACCAUACAGGAACUGAAGAUCAGAAGCAUCAAUGGCAAAGCAACAAGACAAAUAGUAUGAGGAGGAGAAGGGGUGCAGAAAUAUGUUCCACAAAUGUCCAUUUGUGAUUUGCAAUGCAUAUAUUUACAAGUGAGUGUGUGUGCGCACACAUUAAAAAUGAUACUGCAAAAAUAACACUGAGGUAGCGCUGUUAGCAGCUAAGAGGGUGAAUUGGGAAGUCCCUGGUUCAGAGCUCACCAGAGGCCAAAACUAUGUGUGUUAUCUUGGCAAAUGCAAGGUCCCAAACUGCAUUUGUUGUCAGAACAUGAGUGCAGGGGGCAGCUGCAGGAAAGAAUCUGUGGAUGGAAGGAUGGAGUACCUGGGCCCAUCAAUUCACCUCUGGAAAUGUCCUCACCAUCUUGCCCCAGCAGGGCUUAAUUGGACGUAGUUUUGAAGUCCAGUUGUAGGAAUAAAAACAACAGGUUGUGAAGAAAUUUGAAGGGGAGAAGCAGAGGGCAAAGGCAGGCUUAAGCAUCUCUCCUCCAAACUGCUGCUUAACCACCAACUGCUCUCCUGCCCUUAUAUCUGCAUUUGCAUUCAGAACUCUGUGUUUUCCUUGUAGUCUGUGGUUCUGCCCUCAACUCCGAAUUCUGUAGGAUGACCUGGGAAAGCUGCUGUCUCUUAAGCCUUAGCAAACCCUUCCCUCUGCAAUAUGUGUCAAUGAUACUCCUGCUGCACAGGGUUGCUUUCACUACUGAUCCUCCCCAAUUGACAUUGUUGCAGUUAUUCAAGUAAUCAAAAGACUACUUCUUAUUGCUACCCUGUUGCUAGGCUGAAUUUGAUUUCUAUGCUGUGAAUGUUUGGCAAGAAAAGUUCAAAGGGUCACCUAGAAUCCUGUCACGUAGAUCCCUACAACAUUCCAUGCAUGUUGUUUUUGACCUGGCUUUCAGAAGUCCUAAUGAAAUUUAAUCUGUGGUUUUCCUAUGCUACAGUUCUGAGAUAGAUGCUCAGAUCCCGAUCCUACCCUGUUUGCAUUCUAAAGCUCUUACAGGUGGGGAAGAACUGUAUGUACAUUCAUGGUGAAGGAGAAAGGCCUUUCUCCUUCAGUGGUCCACUACAAAUUCCUGGACUGAAGUACAGGGAUCACAUGAAGACAUCAUAUUUGGAAUGAAUAAAGGCAAGGAACUUGUAACUCCAUGACCAUGUUCCUGCAACUUAAUUCUGUGACAAUAGCUGGAUUCUCCCAUUGUUGGCUAUGAAAUUUGUCCUUAGAUAGUUACAAAUUCUAGUCAUCCUGGCACAAUAUUUUUAGACACAACAAUGGCGUUCAGGAAUUCGCCUGUCUUCAAAUUAUGUUAUGAGUGUUCAAAUAUAAUAUGAAUGUCCCUGAACUGCAAUGAAGGUACAGAAAACAUGUUCACACAUACUUUAUUCAUAGUGAGAAGAAAUUCUGUUUCCAUCCAGGAAAGUAUGUAAAAAAUGAAAGAUAACAAUUUGAGUUAUCCAAUCAAUCAAGGAAAAAUGUCAAAGGCUACAACCCUAUGCAUACUUCCUUGGAAGUAAGCACUGUCAAUUCAUUGUGGAACUUACUUCUGAGAGUGUAUAGGAUUGGGCUGACAAUUUGGGGACCAAGUCAUAAAAGAACAGCUCAGCUUGGAUUGCCAGCCUUGAAAAGAAAGCCAUAGAGUACAUGUGAGUUCAUGAGAUAUGCUGUCAAUGAAUCUUGAACCAGGAAUACCUCUGAUGGCACCUUGAUCUGUUUAAGAACAUUCCAACGUAAUGUGAAAUUUCAUAGCAAAAAAUUUUCAGUUCUAGAUUUUAUUUUUCAAAAAUAAAGUGUUUACAGGCCGCAGUAAUGGCAUCUUCAUACUGCACUCUUCCAAAUGGAAGGUAGUAUUAACCUACAUCAUUACAACUGAAAACUCAGCUGCAUAUUUAUUUGAUGGCAAAAUAUGCUUUCAGCUGUUCAAAGCACAUCUUGCUCCUAUCGUACCAUAAAACUGUAUUGUUUGUUUACAAGAUGCACCUAUUCAACUACAUUAGAUACCAACUAAUAUUAAUGAUUCAUUAUAAGCAGAACCAGAAGGUGACCUGUGACCUGUUCUUAAGUGCCAGAUGAGAACACAGAUAGCCUAAUAGAUUAAUAGUUAUAUUUGUUUAAAAAAAGUUUUAAAAAAUAAAAUAAAAAUGUGUACUGUAGGUAUAACUGUUUAGAGAAAAAUUAAAUUAAAUAAUGUAUUUUUACCUUUAAUAAUUUUAUCUUGUAUACUGUAAUAUUUUUACCUAAAACGAUGACAACAAA